AUGUCUGAGGAAGAACUUAACAAGAAAACGCAAGAGUUAUCAUUAUCGGAAAAGGCCGAGGAUUCUGAGGACGCAACGAAGGCUGAAGAAAUUCCAGAAUCGGAAGGUGCCCCAGAAACAGGGGCUGAAGAAGAGACUAAAGAAACUACAAAGCCAGGGGAAUCCGAGGAGAAGAAAGAAGUUACCGUGUUAGAAAACAAGGAAGAGUUUACAGUCAAGCAUCCACUUAACUCCAAAUGGACCUUGUGGUAUACAAAACCAGCUGUUGAUAACAGUGAGAGCUGGGCAGACUUGUUGAAGCCUAUAGUUUCUUUCAAUACAGUUGAAGAGUUUUGGGGUGUCUAUCACGCCGUUCCAAAGGCUGCCGAUCUUCCAAUGAAGUCAGAUUACCAUCUUUUUAGAGAUGAUAUUAAGCCAGAGUGGGAAGACAAAACAAAUGCUGAAGGUGGUAAGUGGUCGUGUCAAAUCAGAUCUAAAAAGGCAGAUAUCCAUGACCUUUGGACCAGGUCUCUUUUGAGUGUCAUCGGAGAGACAAUCGAGCCCGAUGAACAAAAUGAAGUCAAUGGUGUUGUUUUGAACGUGAGAAAGAAUGGUUUCAGAAUUGGUUUGUGGACAAAGACUUGCAAUCGUGCCGCUUUGAAACCAAUUGGAGAGAGAUUUAAGAAGGUUCUUAAAUUGUCUGAUAAUGAGACUAUCGAGUUCAUGAGCCACAAGGAAUCCGGCGAUAGAAACGCUGCUCCAUUGAUUAUCAUGUAA